AUGGCAGAUCAUUCUCAUCUCACUCUUUUUAUGAACGAUGGAAACAAGAUCCCAGUUAUUGGGUUUGGGACGUACGCUCCAGAAUAUAUCCCAGUUUCCCUCAGUGAACAAGCCACCGAAGUUGCCAUCAAGGUUGGUUUCCGCCAUAUUGAUGGAGCGCACCUGUAUCAGAAUGAAAAAGAAGUGGGUCGGGCCAUCCAGAAGAAGAUUGCAGAUGGGACUGUAAAAAGGGAAGAUCUCUUCUACACAGGAAAGUUGUGGUCAUCAUUUCACUCACCAGAACUAGUAGAACCUAAUAUAAAGCAAUCCCUGGAGACUCUCCAACUGGAUUAUAUGGACCUUUUCCUCAUCCACUGGCCUUUUUCACUUAAGCCCGGAGGAGAUCUGAUCCCCAUGGAUGAAAACGGAAAACCUCAACUUGAUACUUCAACGGACCUGUGCACUAUAUGGGAGGCCAUGGAAAGAUGUAAAGAUGCUGGGCUGGUGAAAUCAAUUGGAGUCUCCAACUUUAACCGUCGCCAGCUAGAGAAGAUUCUCAACAAGCCUGGACUAAAGUAUAGGCCUGUGUGCAACCAGGUUGAAUGUCACCCAUACCUGAAUCAGAGCAAAUUGCUAGAGUUUUGCAAAACCAAUGAUAUCCUGCUGACUGCGUACAGCGUCCUGGGUUCACACAGACACAAAGACUGGGUGGAUCAGAACUCUCCGGUACUAUUGGAAGAUCCUGUCUUAGCUGAAAUUGGCAAGAAGUAUAAUAAGACACCAGCGAACAUCGUUAUUCGCUACCAGAUUCAGCGUGGAGUGGUGGCCAUCACCAAGAGUUAUAACCCAGACAGAAUAAGGGAAAACUUCAAGGUCUUUGACUUUGAGCUGACUGCCGAGGACAUGAAAACUAUUGAUGGGAUAAACAGAAACCUUCGUUAUGUGGAUAUUCCACUAUUUGCUGACCAUCCGCAGUACCCCCUGCAUGAUGAGUAUUGA